AUGGCUGCUAGCAGCUGGGGCAAGGCAAUGUGGUGUCGUAUGUGGCCCGGUCGUCGACGUCCCCAGGGGAAGUCCACCUGGCGCAGGGUGCGGGACACCCUUCACGCGGUGAACACGCGGCUCAGACCCCUGGAGAGACACCUGUUCCCGAAUUUCGUCGCUGUGCACUACUGUUACAUCAUCGUCAUGUCCCUCAUCACAUCCGUGUUCCUGUACCCGAUCCACAACUACAGGUACAUCGAUAUCCUGUUCACGGCAACAAACUCGUGCACUCAGGGAGGGCUCACAGUCGUUCAGACGAAUAACCUUGAACUGUUCCAACAGAUGGUCGUGUACACGGCAUGCUGUCUAACGACACCGAUAUUUAUACACGGGUCCCUCUCGUUUGUGAGAUUGUACUGGUUUGAACGGUACUUUGAUGACAUCAAGGACUCAUCAAGGAGAGACUUCCUCAGAAGGAGAACGAUGACACUUCGACGCAGGCAGAAUACAGCCACACGCUCACAACAACGACAACACACCACCAACAACGCGGAUGACAACUUCCAAGAGAACCUGUUCAGCGGGAAGAUGGUUAGCAGAGACGCUAAUAACAGUGCAGACGGGACCACUGGGGCCGCUAGGGCGGGCAGGGGUGAGGUCACACCGGGGGACAUAUAUCAAUCGAUGAGAAUCUUACAGCAGCGACAACCCUCCGUGUCGUCCUCCUCGGAACAUUCCUUUUCAAGGUCGUCGUCCUCGCAGCGCACUGCGGGGAGUCCCUACGUAGUGCCACCAAGGUACACUGACGCAGGGUCCACUACAGAUUAUAGCUCGACAAGCUCGCCAUCGACAGCCUCUCCAUCGUCAGUCUCACCUACAGAGCGGAUGCCACACAGGGCGACACUCCAGUUCGAUAUCGUCAAACCACCUCGAACUGCACAGAAACACAAGGGUAGGGGCAGACGCAGACUCAGACACAAGAGGGCAGCACCGGCAGCGUUACUCCACAGGAGAGGGCAUGGGAAACGGUACGUCUAUGACUCAAACCGAAUCGUGAAAUCUCACUCGGAGGGGGCCGCACCGGCACCCGCACAGCUGAACAGAGAUCCCUCGAACAGGAGAACUUUUUCUCUUCCGACAAGACAACAGACUACGGACACAUACAACAGCAACGUAACUGGGAACAGCGACGAGGAACUCGGAUUUGAUAUCGAUGACGACUUGGCAACGUUCCCGGACGAGAGAAACCGACGGAUGAGCGCAAACUACCUCUCCUGGCAGCCCACGCUAGGGAGAAACUCCAUGUUCACAGACCUCACCACGCAGCAGCGAGAGGAACUCGGCGGUGUGGAGUACAGAGCAACGAAAUUACUCUGUUUGCUCGUCGUCGUCUAUUACGCCGGAUGGCACAUCGUCGCAUUUGUGUUCUUACUCCCGUGGAUCUGCACAAAGAAACACUACGCCGCUGUGGUCAGACAGAAUGGAGCCUCCCCAGCAUGGUGGGGGUUCUUCACGGCAAUGAGCUCGUUCAACGACCUAGGGAUGACCCUAACAGCGGACUCAAUGAUGUCCUUCACAAACGCAGUCUUCCCACAGAUCGUCAUGAUGUGGUUCAUCAUCAUCGGCAACACGGGGUUCCCUGUCCUGUUACGAUUCAUCAUCUGGCUCCUCUUUAAGAUCUCGCCGUCUCUGUCAGCAACGAGGGAGUCCCUAGGGUUCCUCCUGGACCACCCACGGAGAUGCUUCACUUUGCUGUUCCCGAGGGGAGCCACGUGGUGGCUGUUCAUCACGCUAUUGGCAUUGAACAUUACAGACUGGAUUCUUUUCAUCAUACUCGACUUCAACUCCUCCUUCGUGAAAUCCCUCCCAAAGGGUAUCAAAGUGCUCAUCGGGCUGUUCCAAUCCGUCUGCACACGGACUGCAGGGUUCAACAUCGUCGACCUCAGCAAACUACACCCGUCCAUACAGGUAUCGUACAUGCUCAUGAUGUACGUCUCUGUACUUCCCCUGGCCAUCUCCAUCAGAAGAACAAAUGUCUACGAGGAACAGUCCCUAGGAGUAUACGGCAGCGCCCAGAGCUUCACUGAGUGGGACAACAGCUCGAAGAAAUCGAAGGACGAGGGGGAGGAGGACGAGGAGGAGGAGGACUCCGACGCAAGGGGGGACCACUUUGAUGAAUCAAGCGAAGUGGAAUCAACGGCCUCCUCAACAGGACGCAAACGGGGCAAGCACAAAAAACCAUCGACAAGGUCGUUCAUCGGCGCACACCUGAGGAGACAACUAUCCUUCGACAUGUGGUUUCUGUUCCUCGGGCUCUUCAUCAUCUGCAUCUGUGAGAGCGACAACAUCCAGAACACGAACAAGCCGGACUUGAACGUGUUCUCCAUCCUGUUCGAGAUCGUCAGCGCGUACGGUUGUGUCGGACUGUCCCUAGGGUACCCAGACACGAACACGUCCCUAUCCGCUGAGUUUACUGUCAUCUCGAAGCUCGUCAUAAUCGCCAUGCUCGUCAGAGGCAGAAACAGAGGCCUGCCUUACGCCCUUGACAGGGCCACCAUUCUACCGAACAAGAAACUGCAACGCAUGGACGAGAUGCAGAACAGGAGGAAUCCCAACGCCAAUGGAGAGGACACAACGGUCACGGAGGACCCGGUGACUAGCUACUUCAAGGACAAGUACUCCAACUACAUGCACAGAUGGGACACGAUCAAGCGUGCCGCAACGAGAGCAUCGGUCAACAAAGAUUCAUGA